AUGGCCAAUUCUAAGAGACCGAACUUUCUCGUUAUUGUGGCAGAUGACCUGGGCUUCAGUGAUAUCUCCCCCUACGGAGGCGAGAUCAACACCCCCGUGCUGGAGAAGUUGGCCUCUGAGGGCAUUCGUAUGACAAACUUUCACACGGCAUCAGCAUGUUCUCCCACAAGAUCCAUGCUCUUCUCGGGCACAGACAACCAUAUCGCCGGGCUAGGUCAAAUGGCUGAGCACAUGCGUGCUUUUGGCGACUACUUCAAGGGGAAGCCCGGCUAUGAAGGCUAUCUAAACUGGCGCGUCGCAGCCCUCUCCGAAAUCCUGCAGGACAGUGGCUAUCACACCAUUAUUUCAGGGAAAUGGCACCUUGGGUUGACCAAGGAGCUGGCUCCUUGCAGCAGAGGCUUUGACAAGAUCUUUAGCUUUCUUCCCGGCUCGGGAAACCACCACGCCUACGAGCCACAGCUCGACGAUGGCGAGUUCAAGAUUCCCUGUCUCAACACUGAUGGCUUCUGGAUGGACGGAGACCAGUUCAUCAACCAUCGCACCGAUCUACCAAAGGACUUUUACUCCACAAGGACCUUUACGGACCGCAUGCUCAAUUUCCUCGGCGAGAGAAGCGAGUCGGAAAAAGAGAAACCUUUUUUUGCUUACCUGCCUUUCACGGCACCACACUGGCCUCUGCAAGCGCCGAGGGAAAUUGUCCAGAAGUACGCUGGCAAAUAUGAUGAUGGUCCUGAUGCUCUCACGCAACGCCGUCUGAAACGACUAGUCCAAUUAGGUCUUGUCAAGGAGGGGGUUGAGCCCGCACCGCCUGGCGGUCUCCUAGGCAAAGAAUGGGACGACCUGACCGAGGAGGAGCGGAAAAUCUCUUCCAGAAAGAUGGAAGUCUUUGCUGCAAUGGUUGAGCUGAUUGACGAAAACAUUGGCAGGGUAAUUUCUCACUUGGAAUCGACGGGCGAGCUGAAUAACACGUUUGUCCUGUUCAUGUCUGAUAAUGGGGCGGAAGGCGCAGCGCUCGAAGCUCUACCGAUGAUGGGGGGCGAAACGACCAUGGGUGGUGUCAUUGAGAAGUACUACGACAACAAGUACGAAAACAUUGGAGAAAAAAGCUCCUUUGUGUGGUACGGUGCUCGCUGGGCUUGUGCGGCAACAGCUCCCUCGAGAGGGCUGAAGUGUUGGAUCACCGAAGGCGGGAUCCGCUGUCCUUGUCUCAUCCGCUACCCGCCCUUCCAGGCCCAACAGAGCGCUAUUACACACCGCUUCACAACCGUCAUGGACAUCCUCCCCACGAUCCUCGACCUCGCCCGGGUUUCUCACCCCGGAACCUCCUUCCGUGGCCGCGACGUGGUCGUGCCCCGCGGUAAAUCCUGGGUCCCGCACCUGUCUUCGCCAGACUACGCGGCACCGUCGUCUACCGUCCACGGUGAGGAUGUCCACGUCCACGGGUGGGAGUUGUUCGGGCAAAGGGCCAUCCGAGAGGGCAAGUACAAGGCCGUGUGGAUCGCAAAGCCGCGAGGUAAGGAUGACUGGGAGCUCUUUGAUGUUGAGGCGGACCCGGGCGAGUUGCAUGAUCUCGCAGAAAAGGAGACUGAGGUGAUGAAGAGGCUCGUUACUCAUUGGGAGGUGUAUUUUGCCGAGACUGGCAUGACGCAGACACCCAUGUUUCCCGUGACAAGGACGUAG